AAGUGAACUUAUCGAACAUUAAAUUUUAAACAGAAAAUCUUAUACGAAUAAAACAAAAUGGCGAAUCCCUUCUUAAUGGAUGAUGAAAUGGAUGGAGUGGAUGAUCCAACAGUCAAUCCAUUCCUAAUCCAGGCUGAUGCAGCUGAAACCAAUGAGGAUAACCCUUUUGGAGCCUCAGAAUCAGCAGUUAAUCCCUUUGCAUUUGGAGAUGAUGCUGAGGAUGAAGCAGAACAUCAAGAACAUGACAUCGAUCCAGCUAUGAGUUUCUUUGGUACAACAAUAGAAGCUGAAGAUGAUGCUCUAAGUAUUAAGUCAACUCAAGAUGAGGAAGAAGAUAAUAAAACAAAGGCUCCUCCACCUAGACCAUUGCCUCCAAAGACGCAAGAACUAAUUAAUUCAGUUUCUAAUCAAAUGGAUGAAACAAGCUCUGAGUUAUUAGGGCGCAUACCGGCAACGCGUUCUCCUAGUCCUGUAUCUAUGAGAGACUUACACUCGCCCAGUCCAACUCCGGACAGUGGUUUAGCCGAUUUGUUAGAUGUGUCUGACAGUGGUUCCUCUGGCAACACACAAGGUUUUGAUAUUGACUUAAUUGGAAGUGGUCCUAAUACUAUGGUUGCAAAUGAUAAUCCAUUUGGCAUACCCACAGGUAUUCCUCCAAUUCAAGGAGCAACACCGAUGCCAUCACCAGCCAAACAACAACCUCCUCGACCUCCACCACCAAGACCUGCUCCUCCUAGACCAGUGCCACCAAACAUUCAUGGCCAACAACCACCUCCUCGACCUACUCCGCCUGCUCCACCACCACCAGUACCACAAAAACAAGAGCAAGAUAACCCAGCUGAUUCAGAGGAUCUCUUUGACAUGUUUGGUACCACCAAACCACCAAAACCUCCACCACCUAAGAGUAAAGAGGAUAUUUUAAGUCUUUUUGAUAAACCUGCUCAACCCGUGGCCAAACCCGAUUUGUUAAGCGAUGAUCUUGUACUUGAUCCUACAGCAGCUGAGCCAGAAGCUGAAGCAGCCGACUCAAAGACAGAUGAUACAGUAAUAUUCAACUCCGUCUUAACUCGACCAGACGAAAGCACCCAUAAUAUCACCUCGGAACCACAAUCAGCCACAUACAAUAGUAAUAACCAAAAUAGAAUAGCUGUUCAAGAACCAACCAAUAAACAACGAGCUCCAACACCAGACAUUGAAAUAACAACAGUAGAAGAUUUACCACGAUCAGACGAUGAAGAUGAACCAGAACCGCAACCCGAAUCAAAGAAUGAAGUACCAGCUGUUGUAAUAGAUACCGAACCUGAUCCUCCGGCAGAAGAUGAUGAGGCAGAUGCUUCCACAGCUCCACAGGCGAGUUCAAAUGUAGAAUCCGAUCAAAGUCCUCCAACUGAAUCUGCUGCAACAACUCAGGCUUUACCAGACUCACCGGUAGAAGGUAUGUCAGAUAAUGUAACAAGUGAUGCAGAUAUUGAACUGCAGCAGCCUGUGGUAGAAGAAAUGGAUACUGGUUUAGACUUUGCCCCACCAAGUGGUGCUGGAUCCGCUAAUCCGUUCGCUAGUCCUGAUGAGGAGGAGGAAACAUAUCCUCCAGCUGAAAUGGUAACAAACAUUUUCAAUGCUGAUGAUACAGAACCGGUGGCAGAAAAUAUAUUCACAAGUACUGCAGACACAGUAACUGAAAAUAUAUUCACAUCAACAGCAGAUACAGUUGUAGAAAAUAUUUUCACUAGUACAGCGGAUACGAUGGUGGAGAAUAUUUUCACAUCAACAGCAGAUACAGUGGUAGAAAAUAUAUUUACAUCAACGGCCGAUACAAUGGUGGAAAAUAUUUUCACAUCAACAGCAGAUACAGUAGUAGAAAAUAUAUUCUCUAGUAGUGCUGAUACGGGGGUUAUACCCACUGCUGCUAUCAAUAUAUUCGCUGCAGAUCCAGAUCCCGUUGCUGAGCCACAACAAGCAUAUGGCACAAACAUUUUCGCUGAACCAGAUGAAUUUGAUGCGUUCUCGGCCAAAUUUGAAUCCGUUAAAAAAGAUAACAUCAGUAUUUUAGAUGGAUUUGGUGGAGGAGCUGGAUCGGGGGCUGUGACUCCCACUACAGGAGACGCAUGGGGUGAGAGUGCUUUCGGUACUCCUAAUUCAGCAGCCGAUGCCUUUGCUGAUCCUAGUGAUGGUUUUGGCAACGAAGAUGAUGAUUUUUAUAGUAUGCAGGCUCCAGUACGAUCGGAUUCCGUAGAAUCAGUGGAAAAAGACUUUAAUGUUGUUAUACGACCAAAAACAGAGGGAGCAACUGCAAUUGCACCACAACUUGCUCCACCACCUCCAACACGUGCCGCUCCAACUGGACAGUAUUCAGAAGAUGUCAGCCCUGCAGUGAAUCCAUUCGAAGAUUCAGGUUUUCCAGCACCAGCUCAACAGGAUGAUGGUUCUAUGAAACGCACAGAUUCUCAAGAGACUCCACAAACCCCGCUUUUCGAUGAAGAUGUUUCCCAACCACUGGAAGAGUUCCCACGUCUUAACUACGUGGGUCCCGGCUGGGAAAUGCAAUUGAGACAACCGAAUAAAAAGAAGAUAACCGGUCAGCGUUUCUGGAAAAAGAUAUUCGUUCGUUUGGUUAUGCAAAAUGAUAUACCAGUAGUUCAACUUUUUAAUCAAGCUUCCGAUAAGCAACCCUUCCAGGAACUUCCCUUACAGCCUUCGUAUUCAGUUUCAGAGAUUGGUGCUCAGCAGUAUGAUCAAUUCGGUAAAAUUUUCACUAUGAAAUUGCAGUACAUCUUCUACAAAGAACGACCUGGUGUGAGACCUGGCCAAGUGACCAAAGCUGAACGUAUUACAAACAAACUCACCAAAUUUGCACAAUACGCCAUAGCCGGAGAUUACGAGGGUGUCAAGGAGUUUGGUAGCGACCUUAAGAAAUUAGGUCUACCAGUUGAACAUGCACCACAAUCAUCGCAGCUUUUUAAAAUUGGUUCAAUGAACUAUGAAGACAUGAAACAAUUUUCGGUAUGCAUAGAGGAGGCACUUUUCCACUUGCCCGCCCUACGCGAGCGAGCCCUAACCUACAAAAUGGAAGAAGUGCAAGUAACAGCAGUGGAUGAAAUCUAUGUGGAACAAGAUAUAGAAGGAAAGAUUCUCAAACAGAUUGCUAGAGUGAGAGUGUUCUUUUUAGCUUUCCUAACAGGUAUGCCUUAUAUUGAGUUGGGUGUUAAUGACAUGUGGCGCCAGGGUAAAGAAGUUGUAGGACGUCACGAUAUUAUACCCGUGGCUACUGAAGAGUGGAUUCGUUUGGAAGCAGUUGAAUUUCAUAGUGUGGUGAAUCAGGAGGAUUACGAAAAGACUAGAAUUAUAAAGUUUCAACCGCCUGAUGCUAAUUAUAUAGAAUUACUGCGCUUCCGUAUACGACCGCCUAAAAAUCGUGAACUUCCUCUACAACUCAAAGCUCAAUGGAUUGUAACCGGCAAUAAAGUGGAAUUGCGUGCAGAUAUUUUAGUACCCGGCUUUACCUCACGCAAAUUGGGUCAGAUACCAUGUGAAGAUGUUUCUGUACGUUUCCCCAUACCGGAAUGUUGGAUUUAUCUAUUUCGUGUCGAAAAACAUUUUAGUUAUGGUUCUGUCAAUAAAAAAUACGGUUCGGUUAAAUCAGCCCAUAGACGUACUGGUAAAAUCAAGGGUAUUGAACGUAUUCUAGGAGCUGUUGACACUCUACAAGAAUCCCUGAUCGAAGUAACAUCUGGUCAAGCUAAAUAUGAACAUCAUCAUCGUGCCAUUGUUUGGCGGUGUCCACGUUUGCCAAAAGAAGGCCAAGGCGCCUAUACAACCCAUCAGCUGGUUUGUCGUAUGGCCUUGACUUCAUAUGACCAAAUACCUAGUGAAUUAGCUCCAUAUGCUUAUGUUGAAUUCACCAUGCCAGCAACACAAGUUUCACAUACAACAAUACGUUCGGUCAGUGUACAAGAUUCGGAUUCCGAUGAACCUCCAGAAAAAUAUGUUAGAUAUUUGGCGAGACACGAAUAUCGGGUUGGUAUCGAAACCACACAUGGAGAAUCAACAAAUGCUUAUUUGGCCGCAACUAGACCUAUACGCGAAGAACCUGCUGCGAAACCAGCUGCUUCACCAGUACCGCCACCUAGUGACUCAGAUUCAGACUCUAACUAAGUUAAUUUAAAUUUAAGCAAAACUUAAAAAGAAAUAUAAAAAAAACUUAUACACAAACCAAAAAAAAAAGAAUUAUAAGUAUAUUUAUAGAAGAAAAAUAAUCAUACAGUAUUUUGUUGCUUAAAAAAAAUUUAAAGAAAAAAUUAUAUAUACCAAAUAGAAAAAAACAUAUACUCGUUCAUUAUACCAAAAAUUAACAAAUUAAAACAAAUCUUUAAACCACAAAAGAAAGCUGAUAAAUAAUUUACAAUUAAGCUUAAUAAUAUUAAACUAAAGUUCCAAAAAAUUAACAAAAUAAAAAAAACAAAAUGAACAAAUUAUUAUACUAAAGUAAUUGUUAAAUGUUAAAACAUUUUCAUCCCUCGUUUUAGCCCCCUCCCCCCAUUUCCUCAUGAAUAUUAUCAACAUUAGAGAAACAUUUUAAAUAAAAUUCUUAACAAAAUAUUCAGUUUAAAAAAAUUCUAACCAACUCUUCGGCAAAUUAUUUACAUUUUUCUAAACUAAACAAAUUGUUAAAUCUACAAACAUAUAUUAGUUGACAAUAACAUUAUAUAUUUAUGUCGAGAUAUAAAACAAAAUUAUAUACAUAUAUAUCUAAAACAUACAUAUUUACAUCAAAUACAUAACUACAUCCAUUAAUAUAUGAAAAAAACAAAGUUAAAAACACCUUAGUAAAACACUAUGUUAAAUAAUUAAUAAAUUAUACAUAAACAUAUAAAUAAAUUUAAAAAAGCACAUACCUACAUACAAACAUAUAUCUGAAAUAAAUUAUAUUUUAAUUAAAUGUGUUUAUUUGUAAAAUUUUUACCAAGUAGUUGGUUGUGAUUGCCACUACUUUACAAAAUGAGUUCAAUCUAGUCAUGAUUUAAAAUAAAUUAACUAAAAACUACUAUUGCAUUUUUUUUAUAAAACAUACAAACGUUCAGACAUAGAUUACAUCUAAGUAAUUAAAUAUUUAAUCGAAAUUAAAAGUUUAAACAUAAAAUAUCAAACAAAACACUGCAUAUAUUACUUUGCUACUUUAAAAUGUCGAGUAAAGAAAAACAAUUCAAAAUCGAAAUCGAACAAAAUGUCAAAAUAUUAAACAUAAGCAAUUGAUAAAAAAUGCAAUAUAAAAAUACUAAUAAAAAUAAAUGUUAUAUUAAAAAAAAGAAGAAAUAAAUAAAUAAAAAUUUAAAAAAAAAUUAAAAAACAAUUUUAAAUACUAGAAAAUGGAAAAAAAUUACUGAGAAAAUUAAAUUAAUUAAAAUUAAAUAAAAAAUAUGUAAUUAUUUUGAAAGGAUUAUGUAAUUUAAAGUGGUAGGAAGGAUAAUGGUUUAAAAGGACCCUAAUCUAACAACGAAAAUUUAGUUUAAUUCGGUUUAAAUAUGUUUAUGAUUUAACCUAAUCGCCUUAAAAAUUUACAUUAAUUUUCCGAUGGUUCUUUAAUAAUACUAUUAAAUUUAAAUUUUAUUAAUCUCUAGAAUAUAUGUAUUUAGAUCGGUAGAAAAAUGUGGGUGAAGCAAACUCUUUUUAUUGGGGUAUAAAGUCGUAUAUGGACUCGCCUAUAUACUUGUCUAUACUUCCGACUAUGAACUCGUGUAUAGUUUCGUGUAUGAAAUCGUAUAUCGUUUCAUAUAUAAAGUAUAAAGUCGUAUGUAGUCUCAUCUAUAUACUUGUCUAUAGUUUCGACUAUAAACUAGUCUAUAUUAUGAACUCGAGAAAUCGUCUAUAGUUUUAUCUAUAGUCUAAUGUUUUGGUUAUAAACUCGUUUCUAUUUUAGACUAUAAACACGUAUACUAUAUAGUUUCGCCUAUAAAUUAAUUAAAGUCUCGUGCAUAAUCUCGUUUAUAGUUUCUUCUAUUGUCGAUUAUAACCUAUAGUUUUGUUAUAAAACUAGUUUAUAAACUCGUCUAUAGUCUCAUCUGUAGUUUGAUCUAUAGUCUGGAUGAUGAACUAUUAUAUAGUCUCGCCAAUAGUAUCAUAUACAGUAUCAUUUAUAGGUUAGUCCAUAAACUCUUCUAAAUUGUAAUCUAUAAAUGCGUCUACAGUCUAGUCUAUAAUCUCAUAUUUUGUCAGUAGAUUCGUCUAUAAACUCGUCUGUAGUCUCGUCUAUAGUUUAUUCAAUGAAUGCUAGAACUUUAUAGUUUAAUCCGUCUAUGAAAUGUUAUGUAGUUUAACCUAUAAACUAUAAUCUUGCCAAUAUUAUCGCGUAAACAGAGGGAAAAAAUCAUACACCUAAUUGACAACAAAAUUUUCACAAACAUUUCACAACAUUGCAACAAUUCGUUGUAGAAAUCUAAAUUUAUACACAUCCGUUGUCUAAAAGUUAACAAACGUGGUAAGCUCACUAUUGACAACGGAUUGUGAGAUUACCACGUUUGUUAACUUUGGUACCAGGGGUGUAUAUUUUUUCCCCCUCUAUGUAUAGUCUUGUAUAUAGUUUACUCUAUAAACUCGUCUAUAAUCUAGUCUAAGACCUCUUUUAUAGUACAGUUUAUAAGCUUAUUUAAAGCGCCGUCAACAAAAUUCGUCUAAAGCCUCGUUUAAAAACUCUAUAUAUAACCUAGUCUAGUUUAUAUAUUUAUUAUUGUUUUUGGAAAAACCUUCUAGAUUUAAUAAAUCUAUAAUUCUUUAUUUUUUCCUACCACUUUAUCUUACAUUUUUCAUUCUAAAUCAACUAACAGCAAACAUAUAACAAAAAUAAUUAGUAAAAAAGAAAAAUUGAACAUUAUUUAAAAGUAAAACAUAAUGAUAUUAACCAAAGAAACCUUAAAUCAUAACAUACAACCCAAUUAGUAAAAUCUCCUAACACUUCUCAAUGUACGAUUACACCUCCUUAGUCUUUGAACUAAAUAAUUCAACAUUAAAAAAAAAAUUCUUGAAAAUU